GUUUGCCUCUUCCCCACCAUGAUCUCCGUUUGGCUUCCCCUUGCCUGAUAACUAUUUAAAUGCAUUUUACUAACUUUGGAUUCCUUGCUCACUCCACUUCACCUGGCUGGCAGGUCUGUGAGGGCUCAAGGGUUAGCUCCUCCACUUUUAUUUUUUACUUAUUUAUUUUUCAGUGACUGUUCCUAUUAAAAUAACCAUGUUCAGAAGAAGAGUCUGAAACUCGUAAAUAAUGGGAAGUGCUAAUAGUAAGCAGACUGCUGUAAAAUGUGCUGGGGCUUUGACUUAAAGGAAGAAAGCACAGCACUGUACUGCCCCUGAUCAGGAAGCUGGAGCACCAAAGACUUGACAGAACUCUUGGCAGGAUGGGGCAUUUGGAGGACAUUGGGAAAGGCAGUCCGGAGAGCAGCUGGAAAUAACUGUUGGGUCUUUGCCAUUGAACCAGAAAGGGAAAGGUAGAGAGACUGGCCAUGAUUCUCCAUGGCUGUUGCAAGGAGUCUCUGUUCCCUCCAUUUUUCUUCACGAGGUCUUCAUCUUCCAGUGGCUGAAGGUUUGCGGUCUGAAUGGAAGAGAACUCAAGAUCAAAAAUGCUGAAGAUUGGAAACAUCCCAAUAUACUCCUUCUGUCACAUCUACGUUGUUGGACUGUUUUUACCUCCUCACUAAAGAUGGUCAGAGAUGAAGCCAAAUACAAGCAUGAGAGGAAGUUCUAGAGUUGAGAAGCAAAAUUACAUGGCAGAGGAGAAAGCUUCCUUCACCUGUUCUGUAAGAUGAAUCAAUGCGCAGCAGCCCUGUCUGGAGGAAUUCCCUUAUGCUUGUAAAUCGCAAACGACUGGAGCUACCCAACACAGUCAUCUGCCUGCUUGAUACCUGAAAUUAAUCAUUUGGAUAAUUCAUUCAUGACUCCCAUGAACAAUGCAGGGAAAUAAGAAACAUACAGAAGGACACAGUGACUCCUCAAGUAUUGGGAGUCUUCUGGAUGAUGCAGACCGAGAGGUGAGCAGCCUCACAGACCGGGCUUUCAGAAGUCUGUGUGUGGCAGAACUUGAGGACUCUUACAAUGAACCAAAUCUUGCCAUUUCCCCUGACCUUGCCCACCAGUUCUCUGCUAAAUUUCAUCCAGGGACAUUAAACCAUGCCAUCAAGCUAACAGCAAGCUGUAACAAGCUAACAGCAAGAAACAAUGAACAUACAAUAUGGGCUUCAACAUUCCAGCAGUUACCAAAGUAUGCUCUGGAGGAGAAAAAGAUUGCUAAAAAUAAUACCCUUGGCACAGAAAGGAAAAAGCUCAAUUUGCCAGUCCCUGGUCCAAGGAACAAUAAACAUGUUUCAAAAGUGUCCUCAUUGAUUAAGACAUUUGAUAAGACUGCAAACCAAGGGUCAGGAGGUUCCCUGAUAGCCAUUAAGCAGCCCAUUAAAAAUAGCUUUCAAAAAAGUAAAUUAAAUCAUGGAAACAAUAUGGCUUGCGGGGAUGACACAGCUAUUUUGAGCAUCCACAAGGAACUUUCUGAAUUUUCUGAGGACAGUCAAGACAGCCACUGCCUUACUGGUAAACACGAGCCACAGAAAAGACCUAAUAAAAUAGAUCUGAGUUAUUGUGGUUCUGAUGGUUAUUAUCCUGUGCUGAUUGAGAUGUCAAAAAUAGCCAAGUCAAAUUUUUCCCGUUCUUCUAAAAAGGCUUUGAAAAACAAAAAUAUGAAAGUUAAUGAGCCAGCAAAAAAAGGCAAUUUUCUUCACAGUGAGAAUAGUGCUUUUGAAUCAUGGAAAGUCCACCAUAAAAAAUUGACUGAAAAACAGGAAGUUGUUGAUCUAAUAACAGAAAAGGAAGGUCUUACAUACCUUGAAGAAGUACCGUUUAGUAAAGGAUCCCACACAAGUGAACAUAAAUUGCCACCUGACAAGACCACUGUUGCCAAGAAGCAGGAGAAAGAUUUUCAAAUGGAGCCACCACCACCAGAAACUGCAUUCAGCACUCCCCUCCCAGCUGUAUUUGUACCUCAGGGCCCCCUCCAAUCAGGAACUGAAUUUCAUGCUGCUCUUCCUCCUGCACCCCCACCUAGGAUCCAUGUGCACCACGGUCCUCCUCGGCCACCCCCUGUCCCUCAGGCGCUUCCUCUUGCAGCUCCCACCCAGCAGAGCCAUCCCCCAACACCCCCCAUCCGCGAAGCUCCUCCUGUACCACUGCCCCCCUUGCCAGUGCAACUUUCCCCCCUUGCCUUGUCCCAGGCCUCCGUCUCACCCCAGUCUGUGUCCUCCAGGAUGGUUUCAUCCUCACCUGUGUCCCAGGCACCUGUCCCACCUCCACGAGUACACCCACCCACCUUAACUGAAGAGGAAGACAUCAGUCCCCAACAGGACACCAUCUGUCCACCCUGGAGGAGACCAAGGACUACAAAAGAGGCAUAUGAGAGGAGACAGACUUCAAAGGAGAAGUUCACAGCCAGUGAUGAGACAUGCUCAUUGUCUGAAAAGAUGACUGGAGACAAACCUGAUCUGGAUGUGACUCCUCUGGAUAAACAGGCAAACUCCCCUGGAUCAGCCAGUCCCACUUUCAACAUCACCGAACUCUUAACACCCAUCAUACCACCAAAGCAGGAGGUGGACCCCAUGGAAGGUGAGCUGAUCCCGCUGACACCUCCUCCCACUGACAGCGUGGCAGAGAGGGACGAUGAGGCGACCGGGUUUGGUGAUUACAGGUCUCGGGAUAGUUACAAGGCAAAAGCAUCAAGUCUGUUAUUCAACUUGAAGGAUGUGCGUAAGCGUGUUAAAAGCAUUUAUACCCCUUCUCCUAUGUUAAGGGCCCUGGAGAAUAAAAAUAAGACUAAGGAAAAUAUACAGGAGAAUAUAAAAGUGAAUACCUCAUCAUCAACUUUGCAGGAAAUAAGUAACAAAAAUAUUGCAGAGAAAGACGAGUCGAGUGAUAUAACUUCUGUAUUGUCUGAGUGUGUUCAUGAAAAUGACAAUAAAACUGAUUUAACUGGACACUUUACAGACAAUUACCUGACUUUGAGUUCACCCCAGACAACAGCAGACCUUUUAUUUCACCAAACUGGAGACAAUUUACAGCAAGAUAAUUCAAAAUACAAAGAACUGGUUAAAAACACAAGGGAAAAUGAAAAGAUGUUCAGGCAUCAAUCAGAAGAACCCUAUUUAAGAAAAAGUCUGCCGCAUCCAGCACUGAAGGCAUACAGUAGAGACACUACAGAUACAACAGCUGGUCAACCUGUGCAAAAACCCAGCUUCCGAGCUGAGGAAAUUGAGAGACAGGCUGGUCAUCAGAAUGAAAAUUUUGCUUUCAGAACCCUUCCAAGCCAACUCUUACCAGCAGAGGAUGUGCCUUACAGUGACAUCCAAAGCAAUGUGGCGGUCAGUGGCCAUGAAGCACAAGGCAAAAGAAGCCCUAGCUCUUCUGAGCAAUCUUUUGUCUCCACAGUAGAGCAGCCAUUUCAGGAGGAGCCAUUUCCACUGGAUCCCCUGAUACAGAAGUCAAGUCUUCAAGAAAGCCAGAGGACUAAGGGUGAAAUGAGUGCAGACAGUAAGAAAAGCCAUGAGGGGAGAGUGAAAGCAGCUGGGGAAGAUGAACUUCAGUAUUAUGCUUGUAUUAGCUCUGGUACUGGUGCAGCAGAGAGUAAGGAGGGUAGGGUUACUGGGAAUGAACAAAGGAGCUUGAUGAAAGAAAAAAUAAGGCAAGAGAAGAAGGAAGAGGUCAAUGGCAUGGAUUCUGCUUCUGACAGCAUAAAGGACACCUCCACCCCAAGGUCUGAGGAGACACAAACACAACCAUCUUCAAGCUCAUCCAAACCCUGUCUGUUUAUGAUCAAAGAUAACACAUUCAGGUCACCUCAGGUAAUAAGGACUGUCAAGUUGCCCCUGUUCAGGUCCUUUUCCCUGGACGAUACAGUGAGCAGCAGUUAUAAGGAAAUGGAAGGUAGAUUUGCAUCCUCAGCAGCACACAGCAAGCAGCCCCGAGACACGUUGCAUGCCCAGGAGCGAGGCUGGUCGGCACUGAGGCGCAGAGGGCAGCAGAAUGUGAGGGAAGGCGCGACUGACAAAGAGAGAGAUGCCAGUGAGUCUGGAUCUACUUCAGCAACACUGGACCCCAACCUUCUGGAAGAUACAGAGAGCUUUUCUUUGGGGAAGCUGAUGGAAGAAGAUGAAGAGACGUGUGCUUUGUUAAAUAAAGUUGGGAAAAUGAAUGAGGAAAGUGUCUGCAGCAGUAAAGAGAAGUCCCAGAUUAGGAAGGCAAGACACAGCUUAACACAGCCAAAUUUGGGUCUGGAAAAUGACCAAGCACAAAACAACCCCAGCUAUCCCAUAGAAAGGAAGACAAAUUACUUUAAGAACCAUCAUUUAUCUAAGCGCAAAGGUGGUUCUUGUGCGAAAAAAAUAAUAACUAGGGAGACAAUUUCCCCUGUGACUGGCUCUGUAUCAGAGGACCACAUAUAUUCUCCUGUAUCCCAUGAAGUUUUAGAGGAUAUCCCACACAUGGAAGGUGGGUCAGUUUUAUUAGACAGUCUUGAAUGCUCUGCUGUUACAAGCCCCAGGUCAGGAAGCACGAUGCACUCUCUUGUUGCCAGUUUACCAUCAGAUAAACCAACAAUUUCUAGCCUUGGAGAAACAGAGGAUGCUGUAAACCCUGCCUUGUUGAACACGACACUGAAGAGCCAAGCAGAUAUGUCUGCAGAAGAGAUACUUGAUUCAAUGCAGAGACAUCUACUUGAUUCUGCAGGGGAAGCUGAGAGAUUGGAGCUCAGGGGACUUGGGGAGAGAGGAGCAGGCAAGCCUCCCGCUGUGCCACCAAAAACAGAAAAGGCACUGCGGCGGGCCAAAAAGCUGGCAAGCAGGAGAAAGAAAAUGGAAGAGCAGCAGAAAAAACAUCAGACAGAACAUACGGAUGCUGUAGGGAGAAAGCCUUCUCAUUCUGGACAGGCACUAGUAUCUCCCUCACCCCUGGGAUAUUCCCCUCUCCAUCCUGUCCCUCACUCAGCUUUUCCUCCUACAGAAACCAGUAUAGGAAGACCCACUGGUGCAUCAGCAGUAAGCCCUUCACCUUCUUUAACCCAGCGUAAGCUCCUCCAAGACCCUGACUCUGGCCAAUACUAUGUAAUUGAUUUACCAGCUGAAGUUAAUUUGAAGACAUUUUAUGACCCAGAAACUGGCAAAUAUGUUCAAGUCUCAGUCCCUUCCUUGGAAGGGAAUUUAUACCCACCCUCCUCUUCAGAAAUUAGGAAUUCUCCCUACGCCGCCUACCCUAGAGUGUUGCCUUUACCAGCUUCAUCUGUAGCAGUGCUGAAGUCACCUUCUCAGCUCUCUGAACCUAUGUGGUUAAUGCCAGCUGUGCCAGGAGAACCACCCGAAGAUGGUCAACAGAACUACAGAGGCACUGAAGCUGUGGAUACUCAGCCGUAUAUUGAACCUGUCUCUUAUUCCUAUGGCCAAGAUGCUGAAGAAACUCAGGUUCACUUAGGAAAGGACAUGAGCCCAACCCCAAAUACAGACCUAGUGGCCCUCACUGAUUUAGAUGAUUUUGUUGCUGAAGGGGUAUCCUGAAAACCAAAAUAACAAAACAUGCUAGCUAGUGUUUUUAAGAUCCAUUCGGACAGACACACGCACACACAAGCACAUGCAGAUUUUGUUUGUACAACACUAUAUUUCUGAACCUCAUUGUGGUCUGGGUGGGAAGGAAAACGAAAGCUGACCGUGUUGAAAGAUGCGAGGUGAUGAUCACUCUUAAGAAGUGUGAAACUGAGUAAGCCCCAAAUCAUCAGUGAGAUAAAGGGGCAAUGCCAGCUAAACAAAUGAAUACAACAGUAUGAAGCCACUGCUUGCUGCUGCUGCUGCUUUGCCACUAUAGUGGCUGGGAUUGCCAAAGCAAGAGUCCUUUUGCCCAGAUGGGUUGCAUGAUAUAUGACAGAAAGUAAAACCUGUGAAACCAUCCUGUCCAUGCUAUGAGACCUAGGAAAGAUUCUGCAUCUCACAAACUUUCCUCACACCCUGCCUUCGAAGUGUAUUGACAGAUGGAAAGCCUAUGGCUACAAAUAUGCCAUAAUAAACCUGAGAGUCAUUUUUUGCACACACACUGAUUACCCAGAUGUUAUUGACAAGAAGAUUGUAUACUGGAUGCACUAUACAGCAGUCAUAUCAAAGAAACAUUUAAACAACCAGAAUACAUUUGCAGCUGCUCUGGACUUCUCAUAUACCUUUGCAGUAUCCACUAACAAGCUGCUGAAUUCUUUAUAUUUGUUGAUAAUCUCCAAAUAUGCUCUUCUACAGUCAGGGGUUAUUUAUAAUGCAAAUUUAAACUUCAACUUAUCUCAAUACUUGGCCUGAAAUAUUUUGGAAAGGUGCAAGGCUGAAUGAAAUCCCUUAACAUUAUUUAAUUUUUUGUUAGGAUGAGAAGACUUUUGCUUAUUAUAAUUGAAAUGCUUUUUGGUUUGGUUUGGUUUUAGGCUCCCACUGAAAUACAGUGCUAACUUUUAAAACCUGAAAAAUAUUGUUUCUAAUUUUGGUCUCAUGCAGUCUGUGAUUUAAAGAAAAAAAAAAAAAAGAAAAAAAAAAAAGGAAGAAGAAGAAGAAAAAAGAUACAACACAACCAAAGUACUAAUUUCUAGAAAAGUGCUUCUUUGAAUUAUCACUAUUCUUUGAAAGCUCUAUAUCAAACUAUAACUCAUCUUUGUUUAAGAUCUUCUUUAUCAUCAUAGAUAAUAGAAGAACCUUGGUGAAAAAUGCAAUGUGCCUGCUUAUAAAUAUCUAAAUUUGGAGUAUUGUUUUCCCUUUUUUUUCCAUUUCAUUUGAAUAGUUUUCUCUAAUUAAAAUUGAAGUACAGGAGUUCAAAGGAGCAGACAUUAAUGUCUGCAGACAUUAAAAUUUUUAAACAAUUUUGACUUGGAAUUCAGAAAAUGCAGUCUCCCCUGUGACGGCUCAUUUUGAAAGAAAUAAAAAAGAAGAAUGAAAAUCAGGAGUGUUUCAGGAAUAAGGAUCGCAUAUCAGGCUGUUAUGUUAAGAUAAAUGGUACCUAUUAUGAAUAUUUUUCUUCUAUUUUGGUCACAAAUAUUUUACUAAACUGACAUGGGGCCAUUUUUGUUGUACUGUUACCAGCUUUCACUGUAUAUUGCCUAAUGCCUAUCCAGCGUAGGGCAGAAUGUCAUCAUGUUAAAAUACUGAGAAAUGGAUUUAUUGAAGUUUUCCAUGGUACAUUUAGACAGACUAUGUAAUCUGAAACCCUAGCAGAGUGUGCAAGCCAUGGUUUUGAUUUGAUAUUACAAAUGUAAAUGCCCUUAACAGCCACAAGUCAAGAACCAGACAGGUGCUCAGAAGACAUAAUAAAAGCAUGCUGUCCAAGGGGAGACUAUGGAUACAAAGUAUCUGUGCACAGACAAGAAAAAAUGGUGAUUUGAUAAACAAAACAUAUUACCACAUUAAAGCAAACAAACAAACCAA